AUAUACUGAAAGUACAAAAAGUAAAGGAUCUCAAUAUAGCAUCAACAAAGAUCAAAUCAGAAGAAUACUAAACGUAAAAAUGGCACAGCAAAAGAGACAACAAAAUUUUAACAUACAAGAAGUCAAGACAAACAAUGAAAAUGAUGAAUAUAAUUAUACUGGAAGGAUUUGA